AUUCUGUCUCUCCACUGCAAAACCUCCGCUAUUGAUCUUCGCUGCUAAAACUCGUCCUUAUCCGCACACCCCUACGCCCAUCAAUUUCACACAUCAUCAAUAUCCAGUUCCAGAAACAUGGUUGCUCCAGCUAUCGUCAUGGGCCUGCGUGGCGCCCAGGUCGUCUUCAGCAUCAUUGUGCUGGGUCUUAGCGCAUAUCUGGUCGAUGCCUAUGUCGCCUGGACCCCGGCGAGUGUGGCUUUUAUGCUCUUCACGUCUAUCUGGACUCUGCUUGUCGUCGCAUAUCUUGUUCUCGCGCCCAUGCGAUUCCCUGCCGCAGCCCACAAAUACGCCAUUAUUGGCGUUGAAUUCAUCACCAUGGUCUUCUGGUUUGCUGCUUUCGUCUCUGUAGCUACGCGCUGGGGUGGCUACUGGUGGGUGGGCAGGCAUAGCACCUUCCACAACUGCGGUGUUGCUGCUAUCGUCUUUGGAGCCUUUGCCUGGUUGACAUUCGUGGCUACCACCGUGCUCGCUGCACUACAUAUUCGCAGCAGCCCUAAGAGCGACACCACUGCUUCUCCCAGCAUGGCCAUGGCCUAAGCGUCACUUGGCUGGUGAAAUCUACUCGUCGAUGACGCAAUGCGAUGCAGGACAAGGAUCCGUCUUGCACUCAAUGAUACCCCAUCUAUCUCUUAUUUCCAUAUGCAAUAUAUUGGCGCCCGGAAUGGGAUGCGGCGCGGCGUUGGUGGUUCGUGAAGUCGGCUCGAUAUCCUGGUUACUUUCCUCAUCUCAAGAGAGAUAGUUUACGCAUAAUGACACGAUAAUUU